UCUAAAUGAAAUUGUUUGAUCUGCAAUUAGUUUUUCGCUGUUUCUUUUAUCAUAUGUCACCUUCCCUCUAUAAAUUGUGACUCAGUUUUACGCGUAUUUCAGACUUCAGUCCAUUGCUUCGCCAGAGACCAAAGUGUUUCAUCAACAAUAAACUGUCGCCAUGUUGAGUCAGCUGUGUUUGUUAGUUCUCAUUGGAUGUUCUGCUGUGAUGUGCCAAGAGCAGGCUCCGUCGCAGGAUCCGUCGAAGGAUGCAGAUUUUGAGCAAAGGCUUUCUGCAGCUGUUCAAGCAAUUAAAGAGGCGGCCAAAGAGCUAGAGUCACAGGAGGGUGCUAAAGAAAGUAGAGAUGAACCAUUGACUCGUUACCUGUCUUCACCUUUGUACCGUCGUUCCAACCAAGAUCUCUUAAGAAAAUCUCGAGGCUUCUGGGGUACUGUGGGAAACGUUGCCAAAGUUGCCGGUGCCGCUGCUUUAGUCUUUGGUUGAUUGUGGAGCCAUUCAAAAAUUUAAACUUACACUUUUGAAAGAAAAUCGCAAAUGUUUGGUUUAUUUAUUUUUUGUUUGUUUCAAAGAUAGAUAUGUAUUUAUUCUAUGCUUUUGUUUCCUUGUUUAAUUAAUAAAAACAUAUUCUGUAUUAUAUAAUUCAAUGGCGAAGAGCAAUUAAACAUUGAAAUGAUAAGAUACAA